AAAGCCCACAGCCACCUAAUUACAGUGAUUUAGGGUUUACACAGAGAGAGAGAGAGAGAGAGAGAGAGAGAUGGGAGGUAAAGGAAGGAGACGAAGAGAGAAGAACUACAAUGCAGCGCACGGAGGCUACACAAGGCUGCCGCCACCACCUGAUUAUUCCCAAGCCGACGCUUUGCCCUCUAAACUUCGCAAACUCCUGGCCUUCACUAAAUCUCAUGACCCUCAAGACUCUUCUUUCAAGGUCGUAAAAGCUGCUGAACGAAAAAAGAGGGAAAAUGGAGUUGAUGCUGCUGAACCAAAACCCACGGAUGAAGUGGACUUCGAGACUGGUUUUGAAGAUGAGGGUGAUGCUGAGAAUUUGGAACCUCAACAUACAGAUGAGAAGAGAAAGAAGAAAAGAAAGAGAAAGCAAGUGCAUGACCUUCGGUUUGAAACAGAAGCAUCGAAGCAAUCAGAAACUCGUCUAAAAAGAAAGGAGCGCAAGAAAAAGUACUUGGAAGCAAAGAAAAACAAAAAGAAAAAGGGCAAGAAAGAAGAUAAUAUAGACUUUCCUGGAUGCGAGGAAAUCAAAUUUGGAGACGUGGUUCAAGCUCCUCCAAAGUUGAUUGUGCCUAAGGCAUUGAAGAAUGUACAAGAUGCUUCUAAGGAGAGGGUUCGAGUCAAGGCAAUCGAGGCGUAUAGGCAACGGAAAGGAUGGAAUGCAAGGCCAGGGAUUCAGCUUCCUCCUCCUGUGACUUCAACAGCAUUGUAAUUGGUGAAACCAUUAUGCAUACUAAUUCUUUUGCCUCUCUUUCUACUUGCCUGGUAGAUACAUGUCUUGAAGUUUGUGACUAUAUCAAGGGGUACUUUGCCUCUGCAAUUUUGUAAUUUAUGCAGCGAGUUCAUUUGCUACAGUCUAGCAAUUUGUAAGUGCUGGUUACAUUUGUAAUGUAUGGAAAGAGGAUGGAGUAUUUUUGUUGUUGAUAUCUU